AUGUCAUCGUACUUCUAUAAGACUCGAUACGAGACCAUUCCGAAAUCGCAGCCCUCACAACCGACUUCCUACUUAGAUAAAGAGAUAGAUGGAGAAAUCCAAUACUGGCAGAAGCGAGUUCUGCAAACAGAAACCACCAGCGAGGCAGCCAGAGACCAGAUAAAUGAUAUAUUUGAGUUGGCAGAUGUUUUGCAUGACGUCCAAGAAGAUUCACUUCAAAUUGCGGCAAAAUUGUACGACGAUAUGGUGAUGGCUAGUGAGGGUAGUACGCCUCCAACUAUGAAUUCUAUUGCAGCUUUGUCACUUCAGUUGAACAAGCUUGCCAUGAUGAAUUUGGCAAUGAAGAACAACGCUUUAAAGCGAUCUACCCAGUUCUUGACUCUAAAAAAAGUACGAGUUGCUGAAGAAAUCGAAAAAACGGUAGCAAAAAAAACACAUGUGCAACAGAUACUUGCUGAAAAGAAGAGCCAUUUGGAAGUAAUGUUUGCCGAAGCUCAAAGGGAGUCUGAGUCUGCUAUUGCCGAGUAUCGUACAAAUAAAAUCAGUCAGGUGAGGCGGCAGGCACUCAAGCUCCAGUUUAAGAACUUCAAGGUGUUGAAGGAAGUGACUUUUUCGCGAAGUUCCCAUAGAGACUUGCUCUUUCAUUUCCAGCCAAUUUUGAAGAUGGAGACGUUUUUGAGUCUUGGAGUUUUGUCUAUUAACCAAUUUCUUGAAAAUUUGAUUGUGUUGCAGAAGAACUUAUCUGAGUUGUUCAAUACCAGACUUCCGUAUUUGGCAGAACUUGCAAUAUAUCUUCCAUCUAGCGAUUUCUUCGAUUCAAUAAAACACAAGGAGAACCAGAUGAUUGGUAUUGAUGAAAAGGAUUUCGAUGAUCCGCCAGAUCCAAUAGAACGAAGAGUAAGUGUAGAGCCGACUGCUGAUGAAAAUGGAAACAUAGAACGAAUAAUCAAGUUAGGAGCCGAAAUUAAAUUGCCGUUGUCUUCUAAGACGAUCAAUUCGCAGCGAAGGGCGCUGUUGAAAAGGACUCCUGAGCCAACAUCAGAUAUUCCUGUGUUCAAAGAACGAUCUAUAUCUCCUUCUAAGACUUCUGGAAAGUCUUCAUCUAGCAAAAGGUUUAUCAUAAUACCGCAUAGAAUCCUCAACAAACCGUUCAAAAAGGUAACAAUCCCGGAGUUCUUGAAGUUUGUACUUGUAGUCGCCAAAAUCGUGGCCAAUUUCCAGUUUUUCUUCUAUCUGAUGACUCUUGAAAGACAAACAGAAGAAGACGAUUCUGUUUGUAGCUUUGAAGCCAUCCUAGAGAAAGUAUAUGGACUAGACAAAUUGUUUGAGUCUAAGCUUUCACAGCUUGAGACAGACGAAAGGAAUGUCAUAGCUGAGACUUCGCCAACAGACAGUGAAGAAGAGAACCUAGACGUUGUAGAGCUCAAGAAGCUUCUGGACAAGGUGUACAAGCAGCUCAUCAAGACAGGGCCACGACUGAAGAAACUGGGCAUCAACCCUCCGUCGAUCUUGAUGGACAUGAACUUGAGCGAUCUUAUAGCGAACCAGGCCAAGAUGCAGCUAGAUGACUGGGAUGUGGUGAGCAAAAUGUUUUAG